GCCAAAGUUUAUCGCGCAAGGCUGUUGUGGACUUUCUCGGAUCCAAUGUGGAUUUAGCCGGCGGUUGCUCUCCGUUUUGGGUAACACGGAACGACGCCGCGCCGGCGGCGAUAACUACCUUUUUCUCCGACGACGUGCGGAUGACCACUCCCGGAAUAGGAGUCGCGUAAAUUAGCUGCCACCAAGCAUGAAAUAAAUGAAUGCGGCGCGAUCAGUUACGUCAUACUUCGGCUUGAAACGCAGUCCUGUAUAUCAGAUGCUCCUCCGGCCAUGUGAUAUUAGAUUCGGAUAUACUGAUUGCCAGGUUCAGGGAAUAUAAUAUGCCAAUAAUAUAUAUAUGCUGUGAUUCCCAAGUUCAGAGAGAUCACUUUGAUCCUCGUCAAGUCCUGUAAGGAACAGUUAGCGCAGUAUUAUUGCCCAUUAGCCAUUCCAGAUCUCACAAUGCCUUCUCUCGCUACCGUCGCAGCUUUCUCUCUUCCCCUGGUGCAACUGGCGUCGGCUCACGGCCAUGUCGCUGGAAUCACGGUCAAUGGGGGGACAUGGAUUCAAGGGACCGACCCGAACUGGUACUAUCAGCCCGAAGGCAGUGCUCCUACCACUCCUGGCUGGCGAGCGUUGAACCAAGAUAACGGCUUCGUGGCACCCGACGCUUACACCUCAUCUGAUAUUGCCUGCCAUAAGAGUGCAACACCUGGGCAGACAUAUAUCGAGGCCAACAGCGGUGAUACACUUACACUAUACUGGAAUACGUGGCCCGAUAGCCAUAAAGGCCCAAUAAUUAACUAUCUGGCUCAGUGCAGCGGGGAGUGCACGUCUGCGACGGCAGGCAGUCUAUCAUUCACCAAGAUUUCUGAAGCCGCUUAUCUAUCUGGUAGCAACCCUGGAGACUGGGUUACAGAUACCAUGAUUGCACAGAAUUUUACGUCAGAUGUUGAGAUUCCUGCCGGUCUCGCUCCGGGCAACUACGUUCUCCGACACGAGAUCAUCGCGCUACAUAGUGCGGGAAACCAAAAUGGAGCUCAGAACUAUCCACAAUGCAUUAAUAUCAAGGUUGGCGGCAGCGGAUCGAACACGUUGCCAACGGGCACGGCCGCGACCUCCCUUUAUACCCCGAUGGAUCCCGGUAUCCUUUUCAGCCUCUACGGGUCUUUCGACAGCUAUCCUAUUCCUGGGCCAGAAGUGGCUACUAUUUAAGCAAUCAAAUUUCUGCAGAGAUUUGUUAGUUUCAUUGGAAAUGAGUGUGAUUAUACCGCCCUGAUCUAUUAUAGAACGCCAAGACGAUGAUGAUCUUAAACCAAGCUUUCUGACUACCACAAGACAUUGCACAACACGUAGACGACGCUGCUGUAUAUAAUUGGGAGGUUCCUCGAAUAGACGUUUUAGAAGUUGUCGCAAAUAUAUAUUCCUUUACCCAUUCA